AUGAGAAGCCCAGCACGGUCGGCGGGUGGAGAAGACGAAGGUUCACCACACCCUGAUGAGUUGCCUGCGUGCCUCUCAUGCAGGAGAAGAAAGUCUCGAUGCUCCCGUGAGAGACCGAGUUGCGCACAGUGUCUCAAGAUAGGCGCUGAAUGUCAGUAUGUUGUAAAGCAAAAGCCUGGUAUCAAGGCUGGGGCUGUCGAUAGUCUCAGUCGACGACUCGAAACAUUGGAGCAGAUUCUUCUGGACACUUCUGGCAACACAAAGGCGAGACUAGUUGCUUUGUUGAAUGGGGAUCUUGAGAGACCUAUGAGAAACGAACUCUCACCCACGACAUCUCCUUCGAUGGAAAGGCAGCAGGGACCGUAUGGUGCAUCUCGAUAUGCAGAUCAAGAUUCACUGGCCGAAACGGCCCCUCAAUCAGACCAUCACCGCAGGAAACGACAACGCAUUGGCGAUGAACAGGACCGAUACUGCGAUACAAAUGAUGAUGCUUGGAUUACGCCAUUGCCACAAUAUCCAUUGUUAGAAGCGGUAGUGGAAGCUCAUUUCCAGACAGUGCAUCACUGGAUACCGAUCCUCCACGAAACAAGAUUUCGAGCCAAAUUUAAAGACCCCGCCCAGAGGCAAAGGCUUACCGUGCUCCUUCACGCUUUACUUUCCGCUGGAAUUAAAUAUGUCGACUGUACGGCCUUUGGAAUGAGUAUUCAGGACGUCACAAGGCAGAUUCGCAUCUCUCGAAGCACGGUGAUGGAAAAUGCGAUGGAGUCACUUUCCAUUGAGAACACCCAAGCGUUGGUGAUAAUUGCUUUUGACUAUAUGGGAAGCGGUCACGUUCAAAGAGCAUGGCCUAUAAUUGCAUCUUUAACGAGGGUUGUUGACUACCUACAGCUAACGGUAGAGCCAGACGAAGACUCACCGAAGCAGCCUCUAUUAAGAUCUUUGACCGUCUUGGAAAAACCACUGGACUGGACAGAUUCCGAAGCACGCCGAAGACUUUUCUGGAGUGUUUUUCUUCUAGACAGAAUAUGCUCUGUCACUACUGGAUGGCAUACGAGUCUCACAUCUGACGACGUUCAUCGGCGCCUCCCUUGCGGUGGAGCAAUGUGGGCGAGAGCAGAGCCCGUUUCGACGCCAUAUUUUGGAAUAUGGGAUAAAUCGACAGCGAAAAUCGGCAAUUCAAUAUCGAGUGCACCUACAAUCUAUGUAUCACCAAAGGUGGCGAUUGACCACCCCAGCCCUGGGUCCAAUGGGGAUGUAGACGUCUCAAAACUUGGGGCCUUUGCGUAUUGUAUCGAAGCAACGGAAAAUCUCAGCCAGGUCACCUCAUUCUUCUUGCAGCAGAGUGUGAAUUUUGGGAACCGGGAUGAAGUCAAGAACUGGUUAACAAGGUUCAAGGAACUGGACCUUCGUCUAGUUCAUUGGAAGAUGUUCUUGCCGAAGCAAUGGCAAGACUCAAACGUCUCUCGAGAUGUGCUAAUAUUAAAGCUUGAUCCAAACCUAACAUUGGCACAUGUAUCUCACAACACUUCAAUGAUACUACUCCAUCAACAUAUUGCGUAUCCACCUGCGCGCUGGAAAAACGUGGUCAAGCUACCUAGCUCAUGCAGCGCUGAGACAUGCCACCUUGCCGCAGUUGAAACAUCGUCAAUUGUGCAAAAAUAUCUGAGGUUUAUGGGGGGCAUUGUUAAUGCCCAAUUCGCAUUUUGCGCUUUUGUCGCCGCUAGGAUAUUGCUCAUCCACUGGCACUCCAGUGAAACCCAUACCUUGGAGACCGAGUUUUUCAACCUCUUGCAGAGCUUAAAAGAUAUGUCUGACAAAUGGCACGGAUACUACACAUAUGGGAGCACCUUUGGCAGUGCUCCCGAUCGACAACGACCCCUAGACUUGGCUGGAAGAUACGCAGAGCAGCUCGAAAGUCUGCACUCCCGCUGUCUAAACGAUGUGACAUUCUCAACAAUCGACCUCAUAGAGACCCUGGGCGAUGCGAGCCUGUAUGGCUUCAUCGAAGCAACAGUACAACCCAACUCAGUCAUAUCGCCCAGCGGCACUGAUUACAGGAAUCAUAACGGCCAAUCACACAGACGCUAUUCAUCAGGGUUUGAAGCAUACCAAAGGGCUGGCGUCCCAUCUCCCACAAGGGCGUCUGAUAUGCGUUCCAAUUAUCAGUCACACAGAUCACCCGCUCGCACAAGACAUUCGGCUACUUAUGGCGUCCGGGAGGUUCCACAGCCUCAAGACGACAUGAGCUCCCAAUCAGGAGUAGGGCAAUCACCAUUGGCAGCGUCAUCAGCCAAUGCAAACUUGAGGAACAUAAAUGGUCCUUCUAUCGCUUUGAUGAACGAUAUGAAUGCCGCCAAUAGUUUCCCCCAUAACCAGUCAAUGAUGGCGGAGGAGGACGAACUGACAACUAUGUCGAAUAUGUUAUUGGGAAAUCAGUUCUUGGAAAUGGAUCGUGUCAUUUCGCUGCAGGGCGCUGAUUUCUUUGCAUUCGAUUCUACAAGAGGAGUAGGCCUCUCUGGCUAA